AUGCGUAUUUCCUUCACCCUUCCUUUUCUCAUCUCUGGACUGGAGGCUCUCGCCGCCACCGUCAGCAAGACCCUCACUAUCGCUAACGCAGAACUCAGCCCUGAUGGCUUCUCUCGCACUGGUGUCACGGUCAACGGGGAGUUCCCCGGUCCUGUCAUUACUGGAAACAAGGGCGAUACUUUUGAGAUCAACGUUGUCAAUAACCUGAACGACGACGACCUCCACCUUGUGACCGCCGUCCACUGGCACGGGUUCUUUCAACAAGGUACCAAUGAGAUGGACGGAGUAGACACUGUCACGCAGUGCCCUAUCACGCCGACGUCUGGAUCGAACUCGUUCACGUACAAGUUCAACUCUGGUGAUCAGGCGGGAACUUACUGGUAUCACUCGCAUUACAAGACCCAGUAUUGUGACGGACUCCGCGGCGCUUUGGUCGUCUACGAUCCCAAUGACCCCCAUAAGAGUCUAUAUGACGUCGACGACGAGACAACGAUCAUCACCCUUGGCGACUGGUAUCAUUUCAACUCCCCGCAGGCGCCCAUCAUCGUAUAUUUCAACUCUACUGUCAUCAACGGGAAAGGACGUUAUAUCGAUGAAUUUGGCUCGAACCUCACGAACGAGCUUGCUGUUGUCAAUGUCAAGGCUGGAACUAGGUACCGCAUGCGGCUGAUCUCCAUGUCUUGCGACCCGAACUACACGUUCAGCAUUGACAAGCAUCAGAUGACUAUCAUCGAAGUUGAAGGGACCAAUGUCCAGCCGCUCGAGGUCGACCAGAUCCAGAUCUUCGCUGGCCAGCGCUACUCGUUCGUACUCAAUGCCAACCAGCCCGUUGAUAACUACUGGAUCCGCGCCUUCCCUGACUCAGCGAGCCCCAACACGCUUGCGCAGACCUUCGAUCACGGCCUCAACCAGGCGAUCCUCCGUUACGCCGGUGCUGCUACUGCGGAUCCCACUACCACGAACUCCUCUACACUUCCUCUCCUCGAGACCAACCUGCACCCGCUUACCUCGACACCUGUUCCUGGCACGCACGCCGCCGGCAAGGCGGAUCAGACGCUGACCCUCAACAUUGAAUUCGACGACGCAACCGGCUUUGCGGUCAACAACGUCGCCUACGCGGCUCCGUCGGUGCCCAUUCUCCUGCAAAUCCUGAGUGGCAACACGAGCGCUGCGGAGCUCAUGCCCAAGGGUAGCAUCUACGAGCUCCAGCCGAACACGGUCGUCGAUAUCGUCAUGCCCGGAGGCUCUCGCGGCGGCCCGCACCCGAUGCACUUGCACGGUCACAACUUCUGGGUCGUUCGCAGUGCCGGCAACUCGACUUACAACUGGGACAACCCUAUCGUCCGCGACGUGGUGUCCAUCGGCAACGACGCUACGGAUGAUGUGACCAUUCGCUUCGAGACGAACAACCCCGGCCCUUGGUUCAUCCACUGCCACAUUGACUGGCACUUGAACACCGGUCUCGGAGUCGUCAUGGCCGAGUCGCUCGCCAAUGUCGCCAGCGCCAACCCGCACACCUCGAGCUGGGAUGCGCUGUGCCCUGCGUACAACAACUUCGUUGCUGCGGACCCUAACUCCCUUUGA